CUAACUAAAGUCACAUGAUUUGAGCAGGGUUUGGUGAUAAAAUGGCUGCGUUCUUGCAAUGGAGACGAUUCGUGUUUUUUGAUAAAGAAACGGUGAAAGAUCCGAGCGAGAAUGGAGCAAACUUUGCGUUACCGGUUGGUAUAUCAGCUUGUGAUGCAGGGCGGGGACAUGUUGUUCUCGGAGAUAUGGAUGGUCAAAUUUGGUUUUUAUCGAGAUCGUUGCAGUUGACUUCCUUCCAGGCCUAUAAACUGCGGGUAACACACCUGUACCAGCUGAAGCAACACAGCAUCCUGGUGUCAGUGGGUCAGGACGAACAUGGCAUUAACCCACUGGUGAAGGUGUGGAACACGGAUAAGAGAGACAGCGGUAGUCCUCUGUGUACUCGUAUAUUUCCAGCCAUUCCUGGAAACAAACCUACAGAAGUGUCCUGUCUUAGUGUACACGAGAACCUCAACUUCAUGGCCAUCGGCUUUACAGACGGCAGUGUAGUUUUGACUAAAGGUGACAUCACCAGAGACCGACACAGUAAGACCCUCACCCUGCAUGAAGGAAGCUGUCCUGUCACAGGUCUGGCUUUCCGUCAAGCAGGAAAAGUCACCCACUUGUUUGUGGCUACUCUUGAGAAAGUACAGUGUUACACGUUGUCUAUGAAGGAGUAUCCUCGCGUGGAGCUGGACAUCCACGGCUGUGCUUUGCGCUGCUCUGCCCUCACGGACCCCUCUCAGGACUCGCAGUUCAUUGUAGCAGGAGAUGACUGUGUGUAUCUGUAUCAGCCUGAUGAAAGAGGACCCUGCUUUGCCUUUGAUGGACAUAAAAUCCUGGCUCACUGGCACCGGGGUUACUUACUGUUGAUUUCCCGAGACAUCAAGUCACCUAACAAGCCUGACUUUGGGUCUAGACAGUUGACUCCAACAGAAAAGCAGGUCUUGACGAUUUAUGACCUGGACAACAAGUUCAUUGCCUACAGCGCAGCUUUUGAUGACAUCAUAGAUGUCCUGGCAGAGUGGGGCUCGUUUUAUGUCCUGACAAGAGAUGGAAAGAUGUUUAUGCUGCAAGAGAAGGACACCCAGACUAAGCUUGAGAUGCUGUUUAAGAAGAACCUGUUUGUGAUGGCGAUUAACCUUGCAAAAAGCCAGCAUCUGGAUAAUGACGGUCUUUCUGAGAUAUUUAGACAGUAUGGAGACCAUCUGUACAUCAAAGGGGACCAUGAUGGCGCUAUCCAACAGUAUAUUCGAACCAUUGGGAAACUGGAACCCUCAUAUGUCAUCCGUAAGUUCCUGGAUGCACAGAGAAUACACAACCUUACUGCAUACCUGCAGGCCCUCCACAGGCAAUCCCUGGCCAACGCAGAUCACACCACGCUGCUCCUCAACUGCUACACCAAACUGAAGGACAGCUCCAAGCUGGAAGAGUUCAUUAAGAGCAGUGAGAGCGAGGUGCAUUUUGAUGUGGAGAUAGCCAUCAAGGUGCUGCGCCAGGCUGGGUACCAUAGCCACGCCGUGUUCCUGGCAGAGAAACACUCCCACCAUGAGUGGUACCUGAAGAUUCAGCUGGAGGAUUUAAAGAACUACCAGGAGGCUCUGCGCUAUAUUGGGCGGCUGCCGUUUGAGCAAGCCGAGACUAAUAUGAAGCACUAUGGGAAAACUCUGAUGCACCAUGUUCCCGAGAGCACCACUGUGCUGCUCAAGAGGCUUUGUACCAAUUACCAACCCAUCCAGGACUCCACUGACCGGGACAGUGUGGACAGAUUAGCCGAGAACAAGGCCAGUUCAGAAGAAUUUAUCCCUAUCUUUGCUAAUAAUCCACGAGAGCUACGAGCAUUCCUUGAGCACAUGAUUACGGUGGAACCAGAUUCACCACAAGGUGUGUAUGAUACACUGCUUGAGCUGCGACUGCAGGACUGGGCCCAUGAACAGGAUCCCGAGAAAAAGACAACCCUGCAGAGGGCAGCAUUGUUGCUGCUGAGGAGUGAAAACACAGUGUUUGAUAAAGCGCUGGUGCUCUGCCAAAUGCACAACUUCAAAGAGGGGGUGCUCUAUCUGUAUGAGAAGGGCAAACUGUACCAGCAAAUCAUGCAUUACCACAUGCAGAAUGAGGAGUACUCUAAAGUGGUGGAGGCGUGUAAGCGCUACGGUGAUCAGGAAGUUUGUUUGUGGGAACAGGCCUUGGGCUACUUUGCACGCAAAGAAGAAGACUGCAAGGCUUACAUUAGCGAGGUGCUACAACACAUAGAUCAGAAUAACCUUAUGCCACCACUGCUAGUGGUACAGACACUCGCCCAUAACUCCACCGCAACACUGUCAGUGAUUAAAGAUUAUCUGAUUAACAAACUGCAAAGGGAGAGCAAGCAGAUUGAAGAAGAUGAGAGGAAAAUUCAGCAGUACCGUGAGGAGACUGCACACCUGCGCUCUGAGAUCCAGGAACUCAGCACCAGUGCAAAGAUUUUCCAGAAGACAAAGUGCAGCAUGUGUAACAGCCCUCUAGAGUUGCCAUCGGUGCAUUUCCUUUGUGGUCACUCUUUCCAUCAGCACUGCUUCGAGAGCUACGCAGAGAGUGAGGCUGAGUGCCCAACAUGCACUCCUGAAAACAGGAAGGUGAUGGACAUGUUACGGGCACAAGAGCAGAAACGAGACCUACAUGAUCACUUUAAUAGACAGUUGAGGAGUUCUAAUGACGGUUUCUCAGUGGUGGCGGAUUACUUUGGCCGUGGGGUUUUCAAUAAACUGACUCUGAUAACGGAUCCUCCUGGAGGCAAGCCUGGGUCUGGGGGUUUAGAAGCUGAUCUACAGAGAGACCUACUCAUUCAUACCAAAAGAAAUGCCUGAAAAUCACAUUAAAUAUCAAAAUGGAAUACUAUGGUCAUUUUUAUUUUUUUUUUUUUUGUCAGUUAUUAGUUACCACAUUCUGUGCUGCAAUUCUUAUUCUAGGUUAAUGGUCCUGUUUUGCAGAUGGAAAUUCAGGCCCAAACUAAUGCAGACCAACUCCUAAUAGUGAAUUUAAUAUAGCUUAUGAAAAAAAUAUCAAUUGAAAAUACAGCUGCUUGUUCCCCCACACUGGGGUAAGCAAACGUUUUAUGUCUGUAAAUGCACUGUGAGUAACACUUAUGAAUGUGUUGCUUUUCUUGUAUGCUUUUCAUUUGCAGUGUAUGAUGAUUAAUACACAUUUGGUAUGUAGUCUGUGAAUUUGUUGAUGCUCAUAAUUCAGCUGUUUUAUGAUGCUCAUAAAACAGUGGCUGCCAUUCAGCAGCCACUGUUUGCACUCAACUUAAUCAUUAGAUGUUCAAAUUUCUGGCAUUAAAUAAAAGGUAGUGAAUCACA